UAAGGAUUAUAUUUCACAACAUUUGUGGUCAAGAAAAAGCAUCUUCCAUGAUUUUCAGGGAUAGAAUAUUUUUAACAUCACGUGGAAAUUAUAAAAAAAAUUAUAUUUUCUUGUAUCCAUAACUGCAACAGAGGGGUUGAUAAUGUGUUUUUAAAGCAGCUUUUCAUACCUAUCAAUGAGAGGGAGGGAAUGUCUGUGAUAAGAAGAGAUUAAAGGAAUCUUUACCAAUGUAACUUUAGUACAAGUUCUUAGCUUACAUGUGAUGUGGCAGCAGAAUCUCCACAAACUUCCUAGCAAGUUUUUGCUCUUUUUUUUUGUUUGUAUUGCUUCUCCAUACUGUAUACAUUGGAUAUGCAUAUGAGCUUUUAUUUCUCAUCAAAAGUCUAUGACUUCCUGUUUUAUGGGGUCAACAUCACCACAACAUGGGGCAUGGUGUCCCUGUGUCUAGGCCUGGUGUCACUCUCAAUCCUGGCUGAGGGCUUCAAGGUGGCAAGAUCACAACUCCUGAAGGUGGCCAUGUCCAGACGCACAGGAUGCACCAAAUAUGAAGUGCCAGAAAGGUCGCCCCUCUUAAUGUCUCAGUCGUUUCUUGGCCGUAGGAAUGAAAAGCUGUUGUACAAACGCAGGAUAAAGUUCCACAUCCUUCAGUCAUUUCUGCACGUCAUCCACCUAACCAUUGGCUACAUUCUGAUGCUGAUCGUCAUGACUUACAAUGCAUACUUCAGCAUUGCAAUUGUAGGUGGGGCAGGCCUUGGCUACUUCUUCUUUGCCCUAUUUGACCUGCCCAGCAAAAUCCUGGGGACUUCACGCACAGUGGUGAAAAAGCAAAGCACCAGCCAUGCGCAGGGAGCUGAAGGUAACAGGCAUUAUGGGUGUGGUUCAUAUGGAACAACUGGAACUGUGCAGUCAUCUGUGGUGGUCCCUCGUCCCUCGUCUGAGCUUGUGCAGGAUAGGCGUGAGAGUGAGCAUGUGGGUUUGGCCUUUGAGAACCUCAGAGGGGAUGUGGAUGCCUCAGGAAGGGUGGCCAGGGACUGUGUGGUGGACAAAGGGUCCCAUGCUGAGUCAGAAGGUGGACAGAGCACAGAGGUUGACAUCAGUGACACUGAUCCACUCAUACCUCAUGAUACUAUCAAAGUUGAAGUCCAGGUUCAUGCCUAUCCUGAGGAAUGAGGUUUUUCAUGUGUGUUUUAUUAUUUUUAUUUUUUUCCCUACCAUAUAUCUAGUAAAAAAGAGUGACAGGGGGAGGGAAUUGUUUAUUUUGUUUUUAGAUAAAAGUAUUUCUUGUAUUUAUGUGGAAGAUUUGUCAUUCCUUCUGUGUUGCAUCUAGUAUACCAAUACUUUUUUCUUUUCUUUUCCUUUUCUUCUUAUAACCAGCAGUAAUAGCCAUGUUUAGAGGAGAUUUUCAGUGGAGAAGAAUGAAGCAAAUUAACAGUCACUACCAGCUGAUACUGUAUCUGUGACUAAUAUUACAGCAGACAUACUGGGCCACUUGUAAUGUUCAGUAUGAAGUACAGAUGGUGACUGAAUACAUCUCUGAUUUAAUCCAUUAGCAUGGGGUACAUGCACUGUCUGCUGUAAUUUUGUUUUGUAAAUUUUGUUAAAUAUAGAUGACUUCACAGAUGUUUAGUCACCAAUGAGUCAGUCAGUAGGACUAUUCAACCACACCUGUUUAUUCCAUUUCUUAAAUUUUCUGGAAAAAAGGUAUUACUUUUCUUACUAUUACCAUUGUUAUUAUUAUUGUUAAUAUUAUUGUUGUUGUUCUUAUUCUUCUUAUUACUAUUAUUAUUAUAUUUAUAAUUAUUACUGUUUUUAUUAUUAUUUAUAU